ACUUGAUCGUAUCUUCACAUCUGCACAAACCCGUAAAGUAGAUACGCACAGAAAAGUUGUCAUACCCGUAGAAUUUUCCUCGUUCCUCCCCCGAGUCGGAGGUUGGAGCUUUCUGCUUCUAACGACGAUGUUGUUUUGUUCACUGUGUAGGGGAAAUGUAGUCUGUCUACGUAAACAAGAGUACAUUUAGUUAUUAUUGGCCUAUAUUUCCUGUCUAUGGUCUAGUUACGUGGUCAAAAAUGUUUAAGAAACUGAAGGAUAAACUGACGGAGGAGGUUAAAAUUCCGUCACAAAAAUUUACGCAGUCUAUGCAGCAGCUGGCCCAGGCUGUUGUGUCUCCAGGGAGCAGUAACAAUUCAACAAUUGAUACAGCGUCCAACGACAAUUUUAGUAUUGAUGGGGACUUUGAUGAUACUCCACAAGGUUCUCCUAUUAAAAAGGCUCCUUCACAGGGGGGUGUGGCUUACAGGGGAGGUCAGGCAACUCCAAUAAGAAAUUCCUUUGAUGCUGGCUCAAGUGCAGGUUUCAUGCACGUGGAUUUACAGCCUGAUACUAGCACGCCCAAAAUGCCAUCUAGCCUACGAUCCUCUGUCAGUUCACUUGCGUCUGACUCAUCAUUUAUGUUUCCUGUUUUGGAAUCAUCAGGAGCUACAUACAAUUUUCAGUCCGAUUUGGAGUCCUGCAGUGAGGCAUCAGAGUCAGUUGGCCCCAAUAUAAACAAGGAACAAAUCCUUUCCGCCUAUCAGAAAAUACAGCAGAAGUAUCACAAGUACAAAGGACGAUAUGCAGAUCUCGCCAAACAUUACAGAGAUCUUGAGCGAGAUAAUAAAAAUGCUAAGCAUAUCCUCACUGAGUGCCAAGACAAAGCCUUACGAAGAAUGGCUGAACUAAAAGAGCAAUGUAACCUUGAAAAACAGGCCAAAGCACACUUAGAAGAAGCUUUGCGGUCUGAUUUAGAAGAAAAAGAUCACCUUAUUCACACAUUGGAAACCAAGUAUUGUAAUGCCGAAUUACAGAUCAAACUAUUGAGGGCCCAAGGUGACCAAGUACAGACUGAAGGGCAGUCAGAUGACAAAAUAGAGAACUCCUCAGCAGAAACUUUAAGUGAUUCGGCUCAAAAAGUUGAUGGGCAGGAAGACCUAUUGACUGGUGGUGACACAGGUCUUGUGACCUCAACUGCUGCAGCUGUUCUGACCCCAGAGCCUGCCAGUGCAGAAUCUGAAAAUGCUUUAAAAGAAAAACUGAAAAAACUAGAAUCUCUCCUGCAUAAAUGCAAGGAAGAUAUCACAAACAAACGAGAGAGUAUCAAGCAACUGGAGUCUGACAAGCAAACAGCCAAUGCUAAAAUUGACGCAUUACAGCAGCAAUUGAUAACUAUUCAGAAAAGGGAAGAGGAAGCAUCCUUGUCACUUGCAAAAAAUAAGCAAACUAUCCACCAAGAACUUGAAUCAAAGGAAGAGGAAAUUAAGAAACUUAGUGCUCAACUGGCUUUAAAUAACGCCAAGAUUUCUGAACUUCAGAAUGAAAUUCUUCAAGUAAAAGAUGAUUCUAAAAAGGAGAUUGCUGCCAGUAAACAGGAAGUGACCAAACUGAUGAAAGCUGAACUGAGUGAGUUACUUGCUCAGAAAAAAGCAAUUGAAGAUAACUUAUCUCUGAAAGAAGUGGAAUGCAAAUCAAAUGAAAUAAAGUUAUCAGAGUUAGUGAAAAGGCUAGAACAACAGGAUGCUGAACUAGAUCCAUUGAAGAAAACAAAUGUAGAUCUCGAAGCCAAAUAUCAUGAAGAAACAGGUCUUCUGCAGGGUAAAAUAUCAGAACUAGAAACCCAACUGAAAGCCAUGUCUCAAAUGGGGAGCAGGGUGGAUAAGCUUAAACCUAUUCUUGCCGCAGCACAAGAGCUGCGAGGUCUACACAAACAACUACAAAAUGAUACAAGGGAAACACAAAGUCAUCACAUGAAAUUAAUUGGUGAACAAGCUCAAAUGAUACAAGAGAAAUUUGGUUCAAUUGUGUUUGAUUUAACUGAAGAAAACAAAAGAGUUCUCAGUGAGUUAGAUGAAUACAAAAGAGAAUCUAUGAAUGCAAGGGAGUCACUAGCUGCUGUUAGUAAUAAAUUUGCCUUACUUGAACAAACUCUUUCAACUGAAAAGAGUGGUGUUGAAGCCAGAAUAGUAGAACUGGAUAGAGAAUUAAAACAAUCUGAACAGCAAAUUUCUGUUUUGGAGAAAACUCUUGAAUCUGAAAGGGUAUCACAUACACAACUUGAAGAGGAAAUGUCACGGAAGCUAACAGAUGUUCAAACAGAGCUUGAGGAUUUAAGAAAGAAAAGCAUGGAAACACAUGAAGACUCCACUUCAGCAGAAAUGAAACUUCAAUGUGAUAUUCAUGAAUUGGAGAAAAAAUUGAAAGAUUCAGAGGAGAAAAAUCUUGAAAUUGUCAAUGAGUAUGGAAAUUUGAAGAGCAAAACAAGCAUUCUGGAAGUAAGCACAGAGCAGUUACGAAAUGAACUUGAAAUUCUGAAGACAAGAGAAAGAGAAUCAAUAAAUGAGAUGACAAGUAUGCAAAUGCUCCUAAAUGAAAAGAGCGAUUUAAUUGAAAAACUUGAAAGUGUUUCUUCAGAACUGGAAGAUAGUCUUAUUUCUAUCCAGGAGGAGAAACGAGAACAAGAACUAAAGUGGAAUACUAUGGAAGUUGAUUUAGGUAGACAGAUUGCUGAUUUGAGGAAGGAACAUGAAGAAACAGAAAAACAGUUAGAGAAAUUCCAAGAAAAAGAGACUGCUAAAUCAGAUGAUUUUGAUAGAAAACUUCUUUUGUUAGAGAAAGAGCAUAAUGAUAAACUCAAAGAAAUAUCAGAUAUCCAAAAUAUUCUAAAAGAACGAGAUUCAGAAUUAGAAAAAAGUAUUGCCAGGAAUACUGAAGUACAAAAUGAUUUGGAGAAGUUGAAGAUUAAGUGUCAGGAACAAGAAUCCUCAAUGCUGGCUUUAGAGGAAGAAAACCGAUCCUUAAUGGAGACUAUUCAGAAACUAGAAACAAACGAUGAGAAGAUGUCAGUUCAUUUAAAAGAAUUUGAGAAGUCUAGUAUUGAACUAGAAAAAACUGUAUUAGAAAAUAGUAACAUGUCAGCUCAAAUUCUGAAGUUGGAAGAGAACUUACAAAUCAAGACUACUGAUCUAAAUAAAUUGCAGGAAAGCCUACUUGCAGCUAAUGUUUCUUACUCCAAAUUAGAAGAAAAACUGCAAUCGAAAACUGAUGAGUGCAGUAGCCUUAUGCAAGAAGUCCAAAAGCUUAAUACGACGGUAUCUGAACAGACUAUAAUGCUGCAAGAAAAGUCAGAGGGGUACAAUAAAAUGACCGUAGAAAUGGGAAUUUUGGUUGCGGACAAGAGUCAGGUUUACAGCGGUUUACAAGAAAAAAUUAAAGAAUGUGAGAGCUUAUCUUUGAAAUUGUCAAAUUUGGAAAAAUAUCAGACUGAAGGCUCUGAAGAACUCGCCAGCAAGAAUGCAGAAUGUAAGAAAUUAGAAGAAACAGUGAAUAGACUCAAAAGUGAUAAAAUUGAACUGAAUAAGACAUUGGAAACUAAAUGUCAGGAAUUGGAAACUGUUAACUCUCAGUUGACUUCCUUGAGAGAGGAACUUUCAGAACAGUCAAAUCUAUUGCAUGAGACAAUGAGAAAAUGUGAUGAAUUAGCUUUAAACUUAAAUAAUUUGACCAUUGAAAAUGAGAAAACGGUCCAACUGUUAAAGCAGAAGACACUUGAGUGUGAAGACAAAGAGAAUCAACUUGACAACCUUGCAGAUGAAAUGAAAAGAGUUGAAGAAUUAAGCCAGGAACUUCAUUGUAUAAAUGAUGAUAGAGAUGCAAAUGUGGAAGUUUUAAGCACAGAGGCGUCCAGCCUGGCCCAAAAAGUGGAGGAGCUAACUCAAACAACUCAGGAUUUGAAAGAACGGGAAGUUAGUCUAUUAGCUAAGCUGCAAGUGGCGCAAGACCUUGAGGCAGAAUAUAUUUCUAUGAAACAGAGAGAGGAAAUGUUCCUCUCAAAGCUCAAUGAGGUUAAAAUGCUGGAACUUGCAUUGAAAGCUAAUGAAGAAGAUCUACUUACUAAAACCAAGGAAAUUGAAGAACUUGAGGAAGAAAAUAAAAAGUUAAAGGAUGCAGGGAGUAAUCUUAACGAGAUAGUAGCUCGUUGUAAAGAGGCUGAGGCAAAGUGUGUCAAACUUCAGGAUGAUGGUGCUGACCUUCUUCUCCGUAUUCAGAGAGCUGAAGAAUCUGAAAUAAAAUGUUCAUUGUUAGAGGAAGAAUUAAAAGCCAUUAAAAGAGAGAAAGCUGAGUUGUCCCAAGAAGUUGAGGUUCUUCAAGCCAAAACAGUGUUUAGGGGCAAUACAUCAGAAAAUAGUCCUGUUGUUGCCCAAGAACCUGUAGUCGAAGAGCCUUGUGUCAUUAAGCGGUAUGCUGACUUAACUGAAAAUCAUCAAGGUCAAGGUAAUGAUAAAUGGCAAGAGAAAUAUAAUAAAUUAUUGAAAGAGCAUCAAAAGGCUCUCCAGGAAAAUGCUGCUACAAUAGAAAGGCUAAAAGAAGAAAAUCUACUUGAUGGUUUAGGUAACUCCUCUAAGCGAAAAGAACGACUUUGGGAUCAGCAGUUUUCUCUCUUUAAGGAGGCAUCUCUACCUGAUGGAAACAGCAAUGGUUCUUUUGGUGUUGUAGAAAAGUUACAGCAGCAACUUGCAGCUGUUACAACCCAACUAAAAGAAAACAAAAAAGUUCAUAGACAAGAAAUGGAUGAUCUUCGCAGAAUUCUUUUAAACCAUGGGUCCAGCAAUAGCCAUACAUCAUCCAGAUCAGAUAAUCUUGAGGACGCAACUGAGCUUGAGUACUUACGAAACAUUUUGUAUGAAUAUAUGAUGGGAAAAGAGCCAAUGAUUCUAGCACGAGUAAUAGCUGCUGUUGUGAAAUUUGACUCUGAUCAAACCAGCAAAGUACUACAAAAAGAACAGCAAAGAUUAUCCCUGCUUGGACAUCUGGGCAUAUCGUGAAAGAUUGUUGCUGAUUCAUGGUCUUCUGAACUCCACUACUUCAUGAAUGAAUGAAUGAAUGCCAUUUUUCAUUUGUAUUUUCAGGUUACCAUAUUUGUUUUUUCUUGGUGGAUGAUGAGUCAUUCAUGAAACUGUAAAUCAUUCUCCAUUGGACUAUUUCUCCUUUUUCAUGUAUUUUUGUAAAAUAAGAAUCUUUUGUUGUAGUAAUCAUCAAAUAACAUCUCGUACCAAUUAUUCUUCCACAAUUUUAUUUUCUCUUUGACCAGUGCUUGAAUUGGUGUCGGAAUAUCUUUUUAGUGUAGGUAGAUAAAUUGGAUUAAUGUUAACCAUUUGGCAGUCCCUCCAUUUUAAUGUUGUAAAGGUCUGAAGCUUUAAAUUCAUAGUUGAAUUUUUGUCACCAUACAUAGUGUAGCAUAGCUGAAAUAUAUUGUGUUACUGACUUGUGCUUUGCCUGUUGUAAGCAGUGAGAAUAUUUAUUCUAUGUACGUACAUGUUGUGGUACAGUGAGUGAACUAUUAAAUGCUAAAAGUAAUGUAGAACAUUCCUGCUGGGGGACCCAUCUAGUCGUUUAGUAUAGCUUCGGAUAUUGGAUAUCUGUUAUCAACUUAAAUAUAAACUUUUAUUCAUUUGUCUAAUAAUGUUUGUAACCAUUGUUAAGAUUUGUUUGUUAAUGUAUUCUUGAUUUUAUGCAUCAAAAGCUCCUGUUGAUACAUUUAUCUGUAAACAUCUGUCACAAAUAAUUUUUUGCCUUGUAUUUGUAAUACAGAGCAAUGUAGUUCCUAGCCUUCUUUAUUUUAAAGUGAUAAUUUUUAUCUAACAAUGUUCUUCAGAUAAGUAAUUGCUCACUAGAGACUAUUAUGACAUUCAUUUGAAAAUGAAAUGAUCUUAAUCUGAUUGAAUUCAACAAUAAAUAUCGUAACAAGUUGUGUUUUAUAUUAUGCUCACAACUUUUUUUAUGAUUUAAAUAAAAAUCUGAUUCAUCUUUUCACAUAUCCUUCAAAUGAAAUGUUGGGUAUUUCAAAUUGGUUGUUUUAUGAUAUCUAUUCGCCCUUUUUAUUCUAAUUGUAUGAAGCUCUAGCUUCAUUUUUAGCCUGCUCUUUUGCUUUGUUUUCUAUCAGUUUUUAAAUACCAAAUGUAACAAAAUGCUACAGGUUAGCUCUGAUAUGUUUUUCCCAAUGAGACUCACUUUCUAGAAAAUGAAGAGUACACAUUAUGACAGACUGUUAAUGCCUCUUCUCAUGAGCAACCUUACUAUGUACUACUAACUUGCAGUUGGCAGAGGACCUUUAUACAAGCUAAGUGUAAUGGUCUGAAGAGUCCUUCAAUGUACUUGUAUUACUAUAAUAUACCUACAUAUUUUUUAGGGAAGGAAAGUUACAAUAUUUAUGGAGAUUUUAUAAUUCCCUUGUAUCCGGCAAACAAUGUAUAAUUUAAACUUCAUGGGAUUCAAAACCAUGAUGAAAUAUAUUUUUGACAAUCUACA